UAUGUCGAACGAUAACCCAGAUGGUCAACCAUUGGAUUUUGAGUACUAUGAGACCAAUUAUCCAUAUUUGAAUGUUAAAAAGAAUCUACUGAAUAAUACAUUGUCUAAAUGGAGAAGGGCUAUCGCUCCAUAUAACCCAUUUGCUAUGCAACAAAUUCCUAAUUAGAAGCGUAUGGGUAUGGGAAUUAGAAAUGGAAAUGGAUUCUAUUUUCCAGAUCCUUACCCUAAUAGAGUAAAUUGGAGUGUAUUCUUCCCAACUCACUAUGAUCCUUUGAGUGAAUAACACUUUGGCAAUCAUGGAUGGCAAACAAGAAAGUAAUUAGAAAUCCUAUUUGAAAUAGAGAUGCUCCUAUGUUUACAGCAUUGGCAAUUAGAGCUUAAGCACUUCCAAGAGGUUGUGUUAGAUAGAUUGAAUAAUUUAAACGAUGUUAGAGUGUGAAUGGAGUAACUAAAUGUUAAGAAGAAGCUGAUAAUAUAAUAUCAAUUUGUCCAAAAUGGGCUUUGGAAGGAUUAAAAGAAAAGAAGAAGCAACUUGAUAAGAUUGAGGCUAUCUAAACAUAAUAAUAUCGUUCUGUAUUAGAGGUCUCUCCAUAUAAUAAAGUAUUAGAUAUUCAUUGAAAUUUAAGGGUAGAACUGUAAAAGAUGUUUCAGACAAGACUUGGGCUGAUGGACAUAGAGAGAAACUUAGACCAGAUACAAUGUGGGCUGAUGAAAGAUACACUAAUAUUACUCAAGCUGAGAUCAAUGAAGCCAAAAAACGUGUUGCUGCUAGGGAUUAAGCAAGUGGAAGGUAUUUUAUUGAUUUUGAAUGAUUUAGAGUUAAAGAAGCAGUUUAUCCAGUACAUCAUCCAGAUCUUACAAGUUCUCAUCAGAGCGAAGAUAAACCUCUAUAUCCAUGAU